AUGGGAUGCCUGACAAGAUACAAAUUCGUCAUUGGUGUAAGUGUUGCCGGAAGUGGUGUUAUUCUUUGGUAUAUCUACAACAAAUACUUCAAGACUCCUCUUGUAUGUUGCUUUGAUAAAUGCCUUUAUAAAGACAUUACUAACAACAAUACUUUGAUUGCUGAGAACUAUUCGCCAGAGGUGCACAUCCAACUAGGAGACAAAGAAACGUCCAACGAAUAUUCACUGAAGGAUCUAGUAAAGCAUAGUGUUGGACGAUUCAAAACUAAAAACGCAAGAAAACCAACUGGUAUCGUUAUCGGAGACGAAGAAUGUUACGAUGUCUUCCAAGAAAUUAUCGAUCCAGUGAUCAAAGACCUUCACGCAGUCAACUGCUUUAGAAGGUACGAAAGCGUGCGGUUCAAGGACUGUGACUGGAGGAAAAUUAAAGCAGGACGUAUUGUGAACAAGAAUGUUUUGUCUAUUGUUCUGUCGACAAGCCGUAACAUCGCAGGUUGUCGGUUUCCAUGUUCGCUCAGCAACGAAGAACGAGUGGAGAUUGCAAAGGAGCUUGUUGCUGUUUUGAACUGCCUUCCAGCCCAUCUUCACGGCGCCUACACUAGACUAUGCAAUCUAUCAGGAAGAAGACAAGACAAGCUAGGACUGUCACAAGACUAUGGUCUAAGUAGAACGAUUGGACCAUCACCGCUGCCCUGUGUACCAGAAAACCGCCCUCAGCUGAGCCAUACUAAUCUAAACUUAUUUGAGAAGUGGAAUUCUCCUGACGGGCGCGUCUUGUGGUGGACGGAGAACCGAAAAUGUAAGGUUUUUAUCAACUUUUUGGACCACAUUAAAUUCGUGAUAAGUAACACAAAUGGCGACCUACGACAGGCUGUGAGAGAAUACAUGGAAAUACUUGCAGAAGUGGAACAAAUAUUGAAGCGAAAGCAACACAAGGAGUUUGCUUGGAGCUCGAAAUAUGGCUAUUUGACCAGUGAUUUGACAGACGUGGGUACAGGACUACAUAUUGAGGUUAAAAUAAGGUUCAAAAUGGUUCACAAGACCGAGUUUUUCAAUCGCCUGAUGGUCACGAAACAAUUGAAUUGCAGUCAGUGCGUGGAUGAAAAAAACACAGACACGUUUAUCAUCACCAAUAAAAAUCUGAUAGGAACUACAGAGGUUGACAUAAUACAACAGGUCGUAGAUGGUAUCACGCUGCUCCUGGAAACUGACAAACGACUAUCGCGCGGCGAAGAAACCAAAGACAUAAUGCCCUGACAAGACAGUAAAAGCAUUACCUGUGUGUGUGUGUGUUGAUGUAUAUAUCUGUCACACUGCUGAUAAAAUAAAGAGUUUUAAAUAUAUCAAAUGGUGGCAUACCAAAAUACUAGGAGUGAGCCAAGAGUACUUUGGCGAGUGCUUCAUAGGGGGUCAAUGAAUAUAUCAGGCAUGCUUAUAUAUUUAAUAGCGUACAUAGCAAUGACACAUACUAUGCAUGUGGUAUAUAUAUCAUGUGGUAUCAAGUGCGCGCUGAUUGGCUGGCUACAGUGUUUAUACUAAAGAACAGAGAUACGCUCGCGCAAAAUCGUUCAAAGUAUUUUAUUAAAAAAAUACACAACGAUUGCUUAUGUUUCUGUAUUAUAAUAUAAACACUAUGGGAGCUACACCCUCGUGUUCCUAAGAUUGCUUCUCUCUUACUCUACAAUUCCCACACCUUCCUGCGUAUUUAUAUCACAGUACAGAAACAUACGCGCGCGUUUUAUAUUGCUUAAGUAUACCAUAUACGCAUUGCAUAAAAUGUAAUUCCAAUAUAUAAUGGACAUAUGUGUGUUUUCCUACAAACGCAGAGGGAAUAUAAAAGUAUUUCAAAUCAAAAUCGCAGUAGCUGUAAUACUCUGGGAAUCGGAUUAAGAAAAGUGCAAUUGAGUCAACCAUACUACGUACCUGCUGCGUCUAC